AUGCGAGACAUAGAAAACAUUCUUAAAACCCGCAUUCAGAACGAUAAAGCAAACACCUUUGCCAUCAUUGUACCGACCGAUUCUGCACGUCUGAAGCGUCAGCGCGAAUUGGUCGGUUAUCACCCGAACCGGGCAGUUGCUGAUUUGCGCGUCUAUACGCUCGGAAGUCUCAUUCAAAGGCUAUAUGACCAAGUCCGUCCAUCCAGACAAUAUAUCUCGCAAGGACUCCAAAACCUCUGGCUGCAUGAAAUCGUGGACCCACAGUCCGACAAUAGUGAUACCUACCGUUAUGAAGCCUUUCGACCAAGUCAAGACCUUUCCGUUCCGGAUAGUACACUGUCCCUCGUCGUAGAUACAAUUAACCAUCUCAGGGAACGCGGCGAGACUGCGCUAAACAUUGUAGCGGAUAAUCCUACCAAGGUUGACCUCGUUCAUAUUUAUGAAAAUUAUGAGGCGAAACUCGCAGAUCAAUGGAUAGAUGAGCAAGGCAAACAUCUACACCUCGCUAACAAUUUCAAUUCGGAAUUCAUGAGGAAUGCAUUUCCACAGGUUAAUCUUGUGGUUGUUGAAGGGUUCACUGUACUUUCUAAAGCCGACAUCAAAAUUCUGACGGGCAUUGCCGGGAUGCCUAAUAUCGAGAUGUGGUUCCGUACCGACUAUGUUGAAGGAAAUGAGAACCUUUACAGAAAUAUUGCUGACCUCGUCAGACAAUUUGAAGCGGUAGGUGUAAACAUUGAUGCCGACUACGAGCGCGAACCCGAACUGCAUCAACAUUUCGCCAAAAACCUCUUUCGCGCAGAAGCAGAAGAGGUGAACUUGAAUCACGAUCCUGAGACUGCAGUUCAGAUUAAAGUGUUGAAACCCGCAGACAGGUCGGAAGAAGUGGAGCAAAUUGCACAUCUGAUACAGAAACAUGUGUCGGAUGACAACUGCAAACUCAAGGACAUCUGUGUUGCCUAUUAUAACAUAGGGCAAUAUCAGCAGCGCAUCGCCGAAACUUUCCCUGCUUACGGCAUUCCUUAUUCGCUUGUAGAGAUCGCACCGUUGACAAGGUCAGAGGUCGUCAAAGCGAUCUUUUCGCGUCUUUCAUCGCGCCAAGUCCCAUUAGAGGGUGACUAUUUCUCUGAUGUCGAGCCUGCGUUACACACACGACUGUUUCACCCUGACGCGUUUCAGAGAUAUGUUGAUGACCUACUCAAAAAGGGCAGGGUCAUCCAGCAUAUUCUAAACCCGAUGCUCAGAAAAAACCGGGAGGUCGUCGAAGGUGAGAUUGAGGCGUAUCGCCAAUUCAAUAGGAUUGUUAAAGAACUUUGUAGCGUUUUAAAAUCGGACGGGGUUGAAUCGUGUUCCCUUGAUGAUUAUAUAGAGAAACUCCACCACAUUGCAAAGCAUACAAACUAUCAAAACAGACCAGCGACAAAGGCAGAGACUGUCAGAAUUGUUCAACUUGGUGAACUCAGAAGUCUGGAGUUUGAUGUCGUCUUUUUAGGUGAUUUUGUAGAGGGACGGUUCCCAGCCAAUUAUCAGCCGGAUCCGCUGCUCCCAGAAAUCCCUUAUCGUAACGAAGAGGAGCAGUUACACGACAGCCGAUUCAUGUUCUAUCGGGUGCUCAAAUCUUUUCGCAAAGUGCUCUAUCUUCUUACCCCAAAACGUGAACGGGCAGCGGAUCUGAUCCCAUCUCCUUUUCUCGGUCAAUUAAAGGCACUCGCCGAUGUCCAAGAAAUUGAAAUCGCUGAUCCUACACAAGGCAGUACCUCUGGUUUCCUCAGCACGUACAGUAAUCACGUGUGGACAUCUCCUGUCCCCUCCAAUGAAAGUUUCCCUGCUGAGAUUGCAGAGAUGCGUCCCCUAAUAAACCAUGUCGUUAAGGUUGAAAAAAGCCGCGAAAAUACACAUGAUCAUUUGGAUUAUGAAGGGGUGUUGACAAUAGAAACACUUUCUGCUGUCAACCGAAGGCGUUUGGAGAGUCGACGGGAGCACAUUUACUCCGUUACAGAGUUGGAAAUUUACGCAAGGUGUCCGUUUCAGUACUUUAUUAAUAACGUUUUAAAGUUUCGAGUUAAGGAGGAUGAGACAGAGGAUGAGUUAUCCGGUCUUGAGAAGGGAUCGCUACUUCAUGAUGUUCUCUUUGAAUUUUACAACAAUCGUCGCAACCAAAAGAGACUGCCUAUCGGACAGUGUAACGAGGAAGCCUUUAAAGAAGCAAAAGCACAAUUAAAUGAACUGCUGGAUAGUAAUGCCGAAAAAAAGCGCAACCGUCGGAAGGAGAAACUUAUCGGCGAGAAUAAUCUGUUUUGGGAAACCGAUAUAGAGAAGCUUCGCAUUGCCCUCCACAAAUGGCUUGCAGCAGAGCGCACCUACGGAUUACCUGUUACACCUCGCUACUUUGAGGUUAGUUUUGGACAGGAACGUGAACUGAGAUAUCCAGAACUUAGCUGCCGUGAACCAAUUACUAUCGGCGACGUGCGUAUGACUGGUAAAAUCGACCGCAUUGAUAUCGGCAACGGCACCUUUAAUAUUGUUGACUAUAAGACCGGCAGUUCCACCGUUAGAAUGCCGGAGAUUCUCAGCGGACGGAGCCUCCAACUCCCUAUCUACCUACAAACGGCAAAGAAAUUGUUGGAAAUGCAUGGCGGAAUCGGAUUAGAGCCGGCAGCAGGCUUGUAUUAUAAAGUCAGGCUGGAUCAAUUCAACGCUGAACUCGGCAUCGGAACGGAAUCCCAAAACGGAGAUGCCUACAGCGGUUACAAUGGUACGGACUGGAGACCGGUUAGCUCAAGAAAUGGUCAGUUGUUAGCGGAUGAAACCUUCGAUGCCCGGCUUGCGCGCGUCAGUGGCUACGUUCAACACUACGUUGACAGUAUAUCUAAAGGCACCUUUCCCCUCAUCACACGCGUUGAGACAUUUGUGGAUUCUGAAGAAGAGGGCGAUACGCCAAUCACCCCCAAAAAUAAGACGGAACCCUGCAAUUACUGUAGUUAUAAGCGUGUCUGCCGUGUCGGGGCAAUCUCUGAAGUAACUCAGUCGGAUGACUAA